AUUUGAUAUAUCGAAUGUCGACAGCUGUUGGUCUUUGACUAAUUUCAGUACAAUUCGGAUUUUUGCAUGUAAGACGGUGGGAUUUAUUUUUUUCAUCAAAUGCAAAUGCAGAACUCACCGUUUAUAUUCUUCCGCGAUAAAUUUUGCGAUAAAUGAAACAAUUUUUAGUAGAAUAUAUGUUUACGCGGUGGUCAUCACAAAGAUAUACAUCAAGUAGUUGGCCUAUAAAAUUGUUCUGAUAAUCAUGAAUCUUCAAACACUAUUCCAAGAUUUCAAUCCAAGUAAAUUUUUAGUACACACCUGUUUGAUGAUAUUUACAACAUUAUUUGCACUUCGUUUGGAUGGUUUCAUAGAAUGGAGUUAUUGGACUGUAUUUACCCCAAUAUGGUUUUGGAAAAGCAUGGUAAUUUUAGGUGCUACUAUUGGAAGUUAUAUUUGGUGGAGACAUCCACAUGCAAGAUUGGAAGGAGAUGCUUAUGUACAUUAUAAAGCAAUGUUGAUUACAUUGGCAUUACAUUUAAUUCUGUUAAUGUUUGAAUUGUUAGUAUGUGAUAAAUUAGAAUCUGAAAGACAUCUUUGGAUGCUUGUAUUUAUACCUCUUAUUUUCAUUUCUGCAGUAUCAAUAGUUGUGUGUAUAUGGGCUGCCAAACAUGAUCGAUCAUUUGAACUUGAAUUAUUUUGUGCAGUAAAUAUUUUACAAUUUAUUUUCUUGGCAUUAAGACUAGAUGGUUUUAUAACAUGGAGUUGGGAAGUAGUGUUUGCUCCUCUUUGGGCACUUUUAUCUUUAUCUUUAGUUGCAGUUCUAUAUGCUAUAGUAUUUGCUGCUGUUUUAUUAAGAACACCACAAAUUAAUGCCAGGCAGAGGCGGACAUCUUUGAAUUCAGCAUUAGCAUAUACAUUUCUUGUAGUUCCAAUUUUAGUGUUUCAAGUACUUUUAGCAAAUAAAUUGGAUGGAGAUAUUUCAUUGAAUUAUACAACAGUAGCAAUGCCACUUUUAAUAUCUCACAUAACACUUAUUUUUAUGUCAUUUGAUGCAAAGGGAGGAAAUAGAUGGUGGUUUGGUAUUAGAAAAGAUUUUUGUCAUUUUUUAUUGAGUUUAUGCCCAUUGCUUCAAGAAUAUGGUAAUAUUUCUUAUCAACCAAGAAGUGAACAGGACCAACCACCAUUAGAACCAAUGGUAUCAGAAAAAAAUGAAAAACAUGUUAAAAAAAUUGAUCUAACAAAACCUGUUGUACCUAUAAUAUCUAUUGAUAUGCCGGAUUGAUUGUGUAAUUUUGGCCCUACUCGGGUAUAUAAAAUAUUUUUAUCGAUAUGAUUGGUUAAUACCAGAUACCAUAUCUUAACGAGUAAUGGACAGGUGCGUAAAUAAUAGCGAAAUCUAUUAUAAAGAAGAAAAUAAAAUUAUUAUUUUCAAUACGAUUUACCGUAAUGAAAAUCUUGUUAUUGUUAAAUAUAUUAUGCGCCAAGGCAAUCAUAAUAAUUAUAUUACCCAUUUUGUUCAUGGGGCUUAAGCUUUUCACAAGGAUUGUGAAAAUUUUAGUAGAAAAAGCGGUAAAAAUUUUUUUUAAAUAAAUAAUUACAAAAAAGUUAAAUAUUGAAUAUCUAUAUAAAAAUAUAAAAAAGUCCCACGAGCAAAUUUAGCAGUUGCAGUGCUCAAAAAUAUUAUAUUUCUUAAAGCUGCAUUAAUUUUUUCUGUAUCCAAACACUUAAAUUAUGUGUAGAAUAAGCAACCAACCCGUCCACUUAUUUGAUUGCUCCUUUGUAAUGAUAUAGAAUAAUUGCCGACCUAUUUUAUUAAGCCUGUUAUUCGAUUACACUUGUUACGUAACAAUAGCAUUAUUAUUACUUUGCCAAAAGUAGUGAAUAGUAAAAUGAUAAACAUGCCUAAGUUGGUGCUAAAAAAAUUAAUAUCUUAGACAUGUUUUGUAUGCAGCUAUAAACUAUGUUGUUUAAAAUUUAAACUAAACUUCGGUAUCAUGAUCUGUACAAAGUUAAGUUUAAUUUGUAAUGUAUACUUAUUUUUUAAAUGGAUUUUCCUGCAGAAUGUAAUAAAUGUAAAUUUGAAACUUGUUGUAAAGGAAAAUCUGUAAUGUAAAUAGACUCCAAGUUUUAGAAUUUGCUAGUACUGUACAGGUCAUGCCCGAAAAAUUUAUGUAUAUAGUUAGAUUCCAGUGUGAUUGUCUGAUUUUUAGUUAAUA